AGCGAGGAGUUGCGCUGAAUUGAUUCCAUGAAGACCGCUACUGCGCAUGUUGCAUGACAGGUGCACACACGCAAGACUCCAUCUUGAGCAUCCUUAGUCAAGACAAUUGGACAUCCAUGCAUUCUGCCAAAAAAAGAUUAAAACUCCGUCUAUAGUGUAGGAAUAGCAGUAAAACUGGCGGCGAUGGAAAAACGGCAUGUUGUUUACAUCAGCUUUGACUGAGUGAAAGGUGGACAAGGAGGCGAUACAGACCGCGUUUGGUCAUGAAGGCUUUCUAACGACUCUUUGCACCGUCAGCUGUCUCCGAUCGGUGUUGUGUUCAGUCAUCGGUUUAACGGCAAAGAAUGACACUGCGCCUGCGACCCUGCAGGAUGAAGCUGCUGCUGAAGCUGGCUUUGGUGCUGCUGCUGUUGUGUGUGCGGAUUGAUGAAGGCUCCGCCAAAGAAAAAGGCUCGAAGAAGGGCAAGAACAAAGGACCGCAGGUCUUCUGCCCCUCGCAACUCACACCUGAUGACUUGGCUCGCGUCCCUCCUAACACCACCAGCAACAUCUUGAACAAGUUACUGAUCACCUACGACCCACGCAUCAGGCCCAACUUCAAAGGAAUCCCGGUGGAGGACAAAGUCAACAUCUUCAUCAACAGCUUUGGGUCCAUUCAGGAAACGACCAUGGACUACAGAGUGAACAUCUUCCUGCGCCAGCGCUGGAAUGACCCCCGACUGCGGCUGCCUGCGGACGUAAAGUCGGACUCGCUCACGGUCGACCCCAGUCUGUUAAAGUGCCUGUGGAGGCCCGACCUGUUCUUCGCCAACGAGAAGAGUGCCAACUUCCACGACGUCACGCAGGAGAACAUCCUGCUCUUCAUCUUCCGCAACGGAGACGUGCUCAUCAGCAUGAGGUUAUCUGUCACUUUAUCCUGCCCUCUGGACCUGGCCCUGUUUCCUAUGGACACUCAGCGUUGCAAGAUGCAACUGGAAAGCUUUGGCUACACCACGGAGGACCUGCGCUUCAUGUGGCAGUCUGGGGACCCUGUGCAGAUGGAAGAGAUCGCCCUGCCCCAGUUUGACCUCAAGCAAGAGGACAUUGUGUACGGCAACUGUACCAAGUUCUAUGAAGGCACAGGUUACUACACGUGUGUGGAGGUGAUCUUCACGCUGCGUCGCCAGGUGGGCUUCUACAUGAUGGGUGUGUAUGCGCCCACCCUCCUCAUCGUGGUGCUCUCCUGGCUCUCCUUCUGGAUCAACCCCGAUGCCAGCGCUGCCCGCGUCCCCCUGGGGAUCCUGUCCGUGCUGUCCCUGUCCUCUGAGUGCACGUCUCUGGCCUCGGAGCUGCCCAAGGUGUCCUACGUGAAAGCCAUCGACAUCUGGCUGAUCGCCUGCUUGCUGUUCGGCUUCGCCUCGCUGGUGGAGUACGCCGUGGUGCAGGUCAUGCUCAACAGCCCCAAGCGCAUCGAGGCGGAGAAGGCCAAGAUGGCCAGCAAGGAGAAAGCAGCGGGGAAGACCCCGACCAAGAACAACACCGUCAACGGCACCGGAGGAACACCCAUCCACGUCAGCACACUACAGGUGACAGAGACUAGAUGUAAGAAGGUGUGCACCUCUAAGUCGGACCUGCGCACCAAUGACUUCAGCAUCGUGGGUUCGCUGCCGCGUGACUUCGAGCUCUCGAACUUUGACUGCUACGGCAAGCCCAUCGAGACGCUCCCCGGCCACGGCAAGACGGCCACCAUGAAAAAGAAGAAGCCGCCGCCGCCCAAACCCGUCAUCCCCUCUGCUGCCAAACGCGUCGACCUCUACGCCAGAGCUCUCUUCCCUUUCACCUUCCUCUUCUUUAACGUCAUCUACUGGUCUGUGUAUCUGUGAGCACCACACACACACACACACACAUACACACUUACAUUCACACACACUUAUAUGUGCAAA